UGGCGCCUGAAGUUAGACGGCAGGAAGGAGGUACUUAAGGGACUGGCAGCUCUUACGAGGCCAGGGGGCACCGGGUGAGAACUGCCCCGCUUCCUCCGGCGGAGCACGGAUCAACGAGGGAGCGCCCCCUGGGGACGGACCAGAAUUUUCGUGUGCCUUCUCGGGGGUCAAGCUCGAUGAUAUCUGAUGACUGCUACUCCCUGACACUCAGAACUGAGUAACAGUGGAUUCAAGGCUGAGGCCUGGCAGAAGUUAUCUGAAAGUCCUGGAAUACACGAGGCGUAAAUUCUAGCAGGAACCGUUAGCCAGGAAAAAACUUGACCGGCAAGUGGUGUGUACCGUUGUGUAGGACAACCUUCAAGAACCUUAAAAUUGGCAACUUCAAAGAGGACGCACACUUUCCACAAAAGCCGCGCUUUGAAGUGGGUGUGCGCGUAAUUCCAGCCUACCUUAAACUGCACAACGGGAGCUUGGGCUGCUCAGGGCGUCAGGAUCAGAACUUGAACCCAGGGCCUCUCAGGCUCCAGAGCCCCAAGCUUUUCUCCGCCCAGCCGGCUUUUCAUUGGAAGCACCCAGGAUGUCUUCACCUAGAGAUGGUCCCUCUCAAGGCGAAUUCAGUUGUGCCCCACCCGAGCGCCCCUGCUUCCUGAUUGGCAGGAGCAGCUCACCCAACACCAGACCAUGGCUGAGCCUGGAGAGCAACUGCCAGAGGAGGUGCUAGCGCUUAUUUUCCGUUACCUGCCCCUGAGGGACCGAGCUGCUGCAGCCAGGGUCUGCACAGCCUGGGCUACUGCUGCCACCUGCAGCGCCGUGUGGCAUGACACGAACAUCAGUUGCGACUGUGAACUAAAAGACAUGCUGUCACCGUGUCUGUCCGCCUGCCUGAACCAUGUUCACAACCUACGUCUGGAAUUUGAACCGUCGAGGGCACAGAGCCGACAGGCGGCAACCGAGUUGCUGACCGCACUGGCGGGCUGCGUUAGUAACCCAGGGCUUCGAAGCCUGCGUCUAGAGUGCCACGGAGAGAAGCCGCUCUUCGAUGCGGGACUCGACGUCCUGCAGGCCAUGCACGCCAUCUGUCGGGCUUCCCGCACGUUGCACCACCUCGACCUGCGGCGCUUGCCCUUCACGCUAGACGAUGCGUUGGUCCUGCAGACGGCACACUGCUGCCCCGAACUACGCAGCCUUUUCUUGGACAACCGUACUUUGGUGGGCAGUGUGGGGCCUGAAUCCGUGCUGGAGCUCCUAAAGGCCUGCCCGCGCCUCUGCACCCUCGGACUGCACCUGGCCAGCCUGUCGCACACCGCCCUCAAGGCGCUGGCGGCACCCGACCGUGAGCCUUUUGUUCUCCUGGCCCUGCGGUGCGCCUGCCCCGAGGAUGCCCGCGCGCCCACCCUGCCCGACGAAGCGUGGAUCAAAUUGCGCUCCCGCCACCCCGGACUUGCAGUGGAACUGGAGCUGGAGCCGGCCCUGCCUUCUGAGAGCGUGAUGCGGAUACUGCAGCCUUCCGUUCCGGUGGCUGCGCUGCGCCUCAGCCUCUCUGGGGACACGGUAGGCUCGGUGCGGUUCGCAGCGUGCCACUAUGCCGCAACCUUGCGCAUACUCGAGGGAUUGGGGCCUGUGGAUGGAAUUGGGACCAGCCUGGGGCGACCUGUGUCCACUCAGUGCUCUCAACAUCUGCAGACGCCCGCUGUCCCCACUGUGCUGCGUCAUCCUCCUCCAACCCCAUUCCUCUGCAAACGCAGCGCUAGCUCCAAGGCUGGCGCGGCGUCGGGGGGAGGGAAGGCACAGGUGCAGGCUGGGCUUCAGGGUGAGUGUGAAAUAAAUCCUGCAGUAGCUCUGCAUCUUGUGAAAGACGGGGUCGGCUCUGAAGGGUGA